ACAGAGGAACCUACAAGCAUGUGGAACAGUCGCCGUCUAUAUAAAGGAGGCACCUGGUGAUAAUCUUCGGCUUCUCGGAAGUCCUGUUAGGAGAGUUAGAGUGAAUUGUUUGUUAAGUUACGUUAAAUGGCAGCAUCAACUGUGCCAAAGUUAUACAGAAGCGUGAUAGAAGAUGUCGUCAACAAUCUUAGGGAAGCCUUUCUAGAUGAAGGUGUAGAUGAACAGGUACUCAUAGAACUAAAACAAACAUGGGAGAAGAAGCUGAUUGAAUCCAAAGCUGUAGAACAUAAAGAACCAGAAACUGUCAGUGCUUCUAAUUUUCGACAUCAAAUAACUAGACGCUCGGCUCAGCCUCAGCAAACAAUGCAUACCCAAGUUUCCUCAUCAACAGUAGGUCAUCAGCUGACUUUACCUCCAGGUAGAUUAACACAGCCUAUUAGUCGGUAUUCCACUACGACUGGCACUGGGCAGUUGGAGACAGUUACCCUUACAAUGCCUCAGAAAGUGACCAUUACACUUCCUCCACAGAAUUCCCAGCAGGGUUUACAGUCUGUAAUGUCUGCCCCAGCUGCAAGUGCUGCUCUUGCCCUAGAUCCCCAAAUGGCAGCUAACUUAUUUCAACAGGUAGCUUUAAGCCAAGCAGGUAUAUUAAGUAGUCCAAAUCUACAAGCCACAACCCUUCAUAGUGAAACCAAUAGCCAAGGAAGAGAAAUCAAGUCUCAAACUCUACCUUCAGACAAACAAACUCAUUAUACUGUAAAUGUAUCUCGGACUACCAACUCUACAGUUUUACAGCCUAGUGGAAUACCUCAAGUGGAUGGAGCACAUGAUACUAGUGAUGAAGAUGAUGAUGAUGAUGACUUUCAGGAUAAUGAUGAUGACAGAGAAGAUGAUGAUGAUGAAAAGAAUGAAUUUGAUAAUGAGUGUGCUACAGAAGAAGAAUAUGAACCUCUAAACUCUGAAGAUGAUGUAAGUGAUGAGGACCCCUCAGAACUCUUUGAAACAGAUAAUGUAGUGGUAUGCCAGUAUGAUAAGAUAUCCAAAAGCAGAAACAGGUGGAAGUUUCAGUUAAAGGAUGGUAUAAUGAACCUCAGAGGUAAGGAUUAUGUUUUUCAGAAAGCUGUUGGAGAUGCAGAGUGGUAGCAGACAAGAAGCAAGUGAGAUACACAAAUGUAGAUGCUACACCAAGCGGACAGUCAUAGACAUGAGUAUGUACCAUGUCUUGACAGCUCUGAACAACACAAUGACAAAUUGCUGUAUUAAACAUCGUUCAGUUUAACCUGUUUAGUGUCCUGAUCUACAGAAGCUAAUCUUAUUUUGUUCUUGGCAAACUCAAAUUCAGUUUAACUCAUUCAUGACUGUGAUCUUAUCAUGACUAUUCAAAUAAUUGUCAUUUUUCAAAAUAACUGAAACUAGUAUUUUUCUCUGCUGUUUACUUAUAAGUGAUGUGUUUCAAAAUAAGUGGCUGAAGUGUCUUUUGUUUUCUGUAAGUCCUUCAUAAUGUACAUACAACUUCAUAUAAUUGUUUUUUAUGUAAUCUUUUGUUUUGUGUUUCUGCGAGUAUUUUUGGAAAGAUUGAAAUAAAAAAUAUG